AUCUCAUCUCAUACACCAGCUCGUCUCUCAAUAAAAAAUAAAGCUUGAAAUUUAGAAUGAUUUUAUUGAGAUUGAAAUUUUUUCGUGUGGAAUAGUUUGAUCUUAACUGGUUUGGCAGCUGCCCCCAACAAACUUCUACUAGCUUCUUUUAAUUUAGUAAGAAAUAUCUCCAACCCAAUACAAUUGCCCCCAGUUAAAAAAUAAAAAUGCCCCUAUAUACCUAGCUCAAUUGGCAGGAAGAUGGGGGUGUUGGGAUGCAUAGGGGUGAUUUCCCCGUUCCCGUUCUACUACUGGCUCUGGACUCGUCCUCAAGCAUGGGUGGAUCUUUGCGGGGAACUGCGAGAUCCAUCUCACGCCAUGGCCAUGGUUUCUCACGCGCUCAAGCUCCUCCAGUUCCUCUCCCUUCUCUCCGUCUCCUCGCUUUCUUGGCCCCCGCCUCUCUUCUCGUUUGGUCAGUUCCUCAACUUCAGGGUAUACCAAUUGUUAGGAGAGUCAGGGACCUACUAUGGUGUUCGGUUUGGGAAGAACAUUCCGUGGGUGACACAGUUUCCAUUUGGAGUCAUAAGGGAUCCACAGUACGUUGGUAGCAUAUUAAGCCUUAUCGCUUGUUUGCCAUGGGUCCCUUUCUCGUAUAUCCUCCUUUGGAUCCUCGGCUAUGUGUUUAUGAUUUAUGCAGAGUCUAAGGAAGAUCCAUCAACUCGUGCUAAGCCAUUGAACCAAAACGAUGUAAGGAACUAGUUAUGAGGCGUGGCCGCGUUUAAGGUGACCUAGCUCAAUCAUUCAAUAAGCCCAAAAGCCCAAAUAAUCCAAAUUUCCAAUGCCCAAAUUAACAAUUCGUACUUCCCAGCUGCCAACACUCCCCAGCAGAUAGCAAAGUAAUUGACCAAAUUGGCAAAUCCCUAGCAUUAGAAGAACAGAGUCUGCGGCUCGACUCACCAGCGUCGAGCGGAGUGGAGCCUAGAGUCGACGAGCGGUGUCGUUGCCUGAUUUCCUAAGCUUGCUCAGUGGCGUCAUGGAGGCUCAAGGCUGGACAGCAGACGAUUAAGGCCUUUAGUGCAGACCAAAAGGGAGAAAUAGCAGCUAGAACUCGAGAAUGGCGUCCAGAAAAUCGAAAGCUCCGGUUCCAAAUUCCAAAAGUGCAGCUUUUAUGGGCAGAUUUUUGAGUAAAACAUCCUCCUCAACACCCUCCUCAACACCAGGAAGUUCAAGUGUAAAUGUGUGUAAUAUUACUUCUCAAUGUCAUAAUCCAAUGUCUCAAGAAGUCAAUUUGGAUGACCUUCCUUCGGACCCCGCAAAAAGAAGAAAAAAUUCUGAAUAUCAUCCUAAUCAAAGGGAUGAAAUUCGAAGAAAAUAUCUGAUUAAAGGUCCUUGCCAACCACGUGGUCAUGACUUCCCACAAAAGGAAAUCGGGAAUACUUUGAAACGGUAUAAUUCUAAAUGGUUUGAUAAAUACCCUAGCUGGUUAGAGUAUAGUAUUCAAGAUGACAAAACUUUUUGUUUAUGUUGUUACUUGUUUAGAGAUUAUUUUGGAAAUCGUGGUGGGAGUGAUGCAUUUGUAAGUGAAGGCUUUUUAAGUUGGAACAAAAUUGAGAGAUUAGGUUAUCAUGUGGGUGAAAUAAGUAGUUUUCACAACAUAGCAGUUAAAAGGUGUGAUGCUUUGAUGAACCAAGAUCAAUCAAUUGCAGUUGCAAUGGAUAGAAAAAAUGAAAUUGUGAAAAAUGAGUACCGUAUUCACUUGAAUGCUUCUAUUGAUGCUUCGAGAUUUUAAUUGCAUCAAGGACUCCCUUAUCGUGGUCAUGAUGAGUCUGAAGUAACUAACAAUAGAGGGAAUUUUUUGGAAUUGAUAAAGUAUACCGCCACUCAGAAUGAGGCGGUUAGUAAGGUUGUUUUAAAAAACGCUCUGGGGAAUAAUCAAGUUAUUGCUCCAAGCAUUUAAAAAACGCUCUGGGGAACACUUUUGAAUUUGGUUGAAUUGUUUCCAUCUGUUGUUGAGGUCCUUGAAUAUGUCGAAAUUGAAGGCAUUGAUAGUGUAAAAAGACGUCAAGCAAACGGUCUUUUAAAAUACUUUCAAUCCUUUAAUUUGAUUUCGUCUUCUAUUUACAAUUGAUGUUGCUUGUUAUGGGACUCACAAACUCUUUGUCAGUUGCUCUUCAAAGGAAAGAUCAAGAUAUACUCAAUGCUAUGUCAUUAGUAGAAACAACAAAGCGGCAAUUGUUAAAAGUUAGAGUUGAUGGGUGGGGUUCUCAUUUGAGAAAGAUCUCUUCAUUCUGUGAGAAGUAUGAAGUUUCAAUGCUUGAUAUGGAAGCAAACUUUGUUAACCCCAAGCGGCCACGACAAAGAACUAAUAUUACCUAUCAACAUCAUUAUGAGUUUGAAUGUUUUAAUACUGUUAUGGAUUUGCAAAUCAAAGAAUUUGAGGAUCGGUUUGAUGAGGUAAAUUCUGAAUUGCUUACUUGCAUGGCUUCUUUGAGUCCGAUUGAUUCUUUUCGUGAGUUGGACCCUUUGAAAUUGAUGAGGUUUGCUGAGUUUUAUCCAGAGGAUUUUAGUUGUGUUGAACGCAGGAGCCUUGAGCAUGAGCUUGGUGUUUACAUUGAUAAUCUCCUAGCGGAUGAAAGGUUUCGUAACUUGAAAAGUCUUGGUGAUCUUGCUCAAGUGAUGGUGAACACAAGAAAACAUCUUUCACACCCUCUCGUAUAUAGGCUUUUAAAGCUAAUUUUGACUUUGCCAGUUGCCACUGCAACUAUUGAGAGAUGCUUUUCUGCUAUGAAAAUAGUGAAGACUAAUUUGCGUAACAGAAUUGGCGAUCAGUUUCUCAGUGACUGUUUAGUUUGUUUUAUUGAAAGAGAUGUAUUUGAAACAGUAACAAAUGAAACUGUAAUUAUCUCUUUCAAAAAAUGAAAACUCGAAGAGAGCAGUUGUGAUUUACUUUAUUUGUGCCUUUUGACAUUGUAAUAUACUUUAUUUCAUUAUAAUGUUCUUUUGCUACAACUAUUUGUUGUUCACAUAUAUUUAUCAAGUAUUUUUACUUUAUAUUU